CUUUUCUUGCUUCGUAUGACCAUCCCCAGAAUCAAUCGAUCGCUAUUGUCUGGCUCUAUUCUCGGGCGGUCAUCUUCGAUCCAAAUUCUACCCCCACGAGCUUCUCCGAACAAAAGCCCCCUUUCAAACGGACAACGGGCAUGCCGCAAAGUGUUCAAGAAGUAAACAGAAAUUUCACUUCAAGAAACAACAUGAUGUCGCAUGCAGGAACAUUCAUUUGGAGAGAUCUGAACGAUGACAUUGCUCUACGUGCAUGGAAUGCUCAGUUUUGGCGCCAAUGAGAGUUGAAACAAGAAGGAACUAAAUGACAAAACACUACCAUUUGGAUAUCACAUCGUCUGCUAGCUCUUGGAUGGAUAAAGGUGUCGCACUUCAAAGACAGAAAUCACCUGAUUUGCACAACCAAGCAAGUGCGUCAUGAGAAAGAUGAGACGAGGUAUGAUGACGAAGCGCCAAUGGCUUUUCAUCUUGGUCAUCGUCAACGGCGUCUUCCUCUACCUGAACUUCAAGGUCCUCACUAUCGACGAUAUCAGACAAUUCUCAGAGGAGCUUAGUUCGAACCUAAGAAAGAUUCGGCUUCUGGAACACACAUACGCCGAACAGUGGUCCUCCAUAGCUAAUGACAAGGUCGUAGAAGAAAGAGGAGGAGAAGGGAAAGAGUUCGUCUGGGAGAAAGUUGAGAAUCUCCAUCUAGCGUUGCCUGCGUAUGAGAAGAUGAGACACACCUUAUCUCGACUUCAAGAUUUCCAGUUUCUGUUCUCCAAGAGGGUAAACCAGAUACGGAUCUCUCAAGAGAUGUUGACUUACAAGUCGGUCCUGUGGAGAGGUGACGUUGAGCGGCUGCAGGAUAUCUUCGUGGAUGUUCUUCAGACAAACCGUAGCAUCAAGGUUGGAUUGAUAGGUGGCUCACUGUCAGCCUCGGGCCAGACCAUAUGCCCUGAAAGGGCUUGUCUUUUCAUUGAUCACGUCAGGAAAUGGCUUGAGAAGGUCCUGCAGACGGACGUCACGUUACACAAUGCUGCGAUCUCCUUCGCAAAUAGUGAUUACUUUGCUUGGUGUACGGAACCACACCUGGAUGUGGAUGACAUGGAUAUUGUCAUAUGGGAGUUGGCGACGGAUGACUAUGUCAUGCGAGCUCACAAUGACAAACUUCGUUACGACCAUGCCGCCCAACCACAAGAACUUCUCACACGCCAUCUGAAGGAGCUGCCUACGAAGCCAUUCUUGAUGUACGUCAAUUUUAUGUCACCUGAGAACAUCCGCAAUCGGGAUUGCGUCAACUCGGAGUAUUACGCGGGAAGACAUCUCAGCAGACACUACAACGUCACAUCGGUAAGCUGGUGUGCAGCUGUCUGUUCGAGUCUCUGGCAACUUGGGUUUACACCAGAUGAACUCAUUCACUCAGGAGAUUUACUUAGUGAGAGGGCCCACGAACAGGCUGGAUUGUUUGUCAUCAACUUAAUGAAAAGUAUCCUAAAAUCUGUGACUUUUCAUCACAUGAAUCUGACCAGAACAAAUGGAUUAUACCUUCAGAAAUUGGUGGAACUGCAUGACGUGUUUAUGGCCAACUCUAAAGAAGUUCACAAGCGUGAGACACACCAACUGCAGCAGCCUGAUUUUAAUGCGAUUUGGAACAGAAAUACAAAAAGAGACGUAUUAAAUAGCUCUGGUGAUAUUACAAGCAAAACAGACUUAUCAAAACCUACCAAAUCUGUUCCAAAACCAGUGAAGAAUGUCAUGCACAUAAACACAUCGGGUAGGCAUUUUAUGAGACCUGAACGGCGUCUUAAUCAAAGAUCUCGAUUUCCUGCAAAGUGGAUCCACAACUCGCAGUGUUGGCCGCUCUCCAAACCCCAGUUCAUCCCUGACCGCACAUUGGCUCUUUCAAGAAACGACGGGUGGGAUGAAGGUAUCUCCGAUAAGGAAAACUGGUAUACCAGCAGUAGCUCCCAGAAGAUCAUAGAGUUCUCUUUCGAGAUGGCGCCACCUCUGCCAAACCGAACGUGUAUUCUUGCAUUGGCAGUGAUGGCUUGUGACUAUUGCGGUCAGGCCCUUGCUUGGUUGGACAACCACUUUGAUGAUGCUGUCCUGGUUGGAGGAAAAUACGGAGGCCAUGCUUUUCGGGUCAUCGAGGUCAUGACAGACGUCCCUACCGGAAGACAUACGUUCAAUCUAAAGAGUUUGGAAGACAUGCCUUUCAAACUCUCUGCAGUCAUGGUCGGUCAUAAAGACAAUGCAAAGUUUUAGCGAGCAAAAUUAAUUGUUUUAUUCAUCUAUCACAAGACUUUGAGGUGCAAUUUCAAGAAAUCUUGUCGACUUUGUCUGCGAGCUAGUGACCAUAGUCGUCCGUCCUUUUCGAUACGAUGAAUAUGUAAUUUAUUAUAAUCUGUUACAAAUUCGAUCUUUUUUUUUAUCUUACACCUCAAGAGUACAUCUCCUAUUGAGUAGAAUGACUUGAAUUGGUUAAGUAUCCUUUUAAAAGUACAUUCCAUUGGAAAUAAAUCCAUUUGAAUAAUCAUCUAGAUCAUUCGGUAUCAAAUAAGAUGAUAAUGAUUGAGUCUUUCAACGUACCCGUAAACAUCUAGUCCUCAGUUAUCUCUAUCAAGAUCAUCUAUCCCAUCUGAAAUGCCUUUGCGAAACAAAUUCCAAAACGAGAACAUAAAAACCAAAGGAAAAAAAAUCCCAGGGGCUGAUCAGGGAUACGAUCAUCCAGCCAUCUCAGAUCGAUGACAAGGAUUUCAAAGCUUCAAAACUGUCGGGAUCGUUAAGUGCUUUUGUCCCCUCGAAUUUUGACAGAAGUUGUCAGAAAAUGUUUUUGUCGGAAAUCCCUCAGCACAGGGGUGACCUAUGGCCAGAUGUAGAUUGGAACGGGGAGAGAGGACGACGAAGAUUAGCAUUUGGUGAACUACCAGUGCACAUUCAUAAAUACAUGGGAUUUUACCGUACGAGUGUUAUGUACUUUCAUGUAUCAUAUUUUUCAUUUCGUUAUCAUGAUCAUUUUCAUUUGCUGAAUAGCGCAAUGACAUAUACCAAUGGUAUCAUACAAAGGUGGUACCAAUACUCACAAUCGUCUUUAUAAUACAAAUAACAAGUAGGGGGCAACGGUUUCAACAUGAGUUCAUAAAGAAUUCAAUUAACUGAUUACUGAUGAAGUGUUUUUUUUGUAUGAAUAAAAAAAAUGUGCCAAAGAAUUUUGAAAGAAACGCUGAAAUGUCUUACAUGGAAGUUGAAGUGGUUAACCGGCUUCUGAUGACGUGGCAUUAUGGAACAUUAAUUGAUAUAAUAAUCAAAUAAUUAUACACCACCCAAAGAAGGUCGCAAAGACAGCUGCAUCGAAGCUUUGACAAUACCAAAUACAUUUGGGAUACCGGUAGGACUAGUAUUUUAUAUUUAGACAUGGUUUUUGUGAACCGGAAAAGCAUAAAUCUCAAUUUGCAACUUUCAAGGAUAUGUAUUCUUCCACGGUUUGCUUCUAUCUACACAGGUCAAUGGACACCUGACUGCAAAAAAAGGUAACGGUUGUGCGCCAGAAUCGCGCCAUGGCUAAAGCUACGGGUAAUAAUGACAUUUUUUCAUAAUGCAUUCUGCAGGGCGGAGACAAGCGCUUUAUUAAACAAUUUGGAUUUUCUUUCCAUUCUCCUGAAUUAUUUCACUACUAUUGAUAUUAUGAUGAUGAUAAUUAUUGAUAUCAAUUAUCAUGAUUAAUUUUGUUAUCAUUAUUUCAUAAUUACAAUUAUUGUUAUUUGGCCCGUACUAUCAUCCUUAUCAUCAUUCCUAUUAUCAUGACAAAAAUUAUGAUAUAAAUAAAACAGCAACGUUAUAUUCAACCUUUAGCGGCAUAGGGUACCGUUUCAAGAAACCUUUUUCGGUACACACUGACUUCAAUCCCAUUGAACCAUUCGUAUACUACGAUUAAAACGAAUUCAACUUAUAUGGAAAUGGCCGAGUGUGUACUUUUCCCAUGCAUAGAGAUUAGUAUAUAUCUCUAUGACUUUUCCUCCGAGUUCCUUGAAACGACACCCACAUCGUAACAUCAUCACCGCAAUAGUACAGUGUUGUUUAUUGGAAAAUUGUUUAUCAUAGCAAAGCCUCAAAAUGGAGUAUGGAACGCUACACGGCCCUUGAACUUACUGAUCGGUAAAUCGUAUGGGGAUAAAAUGUCCAUGCACACAUAAUCCCGUACGGUAAAGCUAAGCUGGAUAGCAUUUAAUGAAGUUAGUAAAGAUAAUCAGAUAAUACAAUCAUUCUUAUUGAAAUAUAUCCAUGGUAUAAGCUGAUUAUUUUGUACUUUUGCAAUUUCAAUGCAAGCUAUGAAUAGAUGAAUUACGAAUCGCAUUCAAUAGAGGAAGAUGACAUAAAAAAAAAUUAAAGUUAGUGUUAAUCAAUCGUUUCAUAUACUGAAAUGGUAUAACAUUCAAAUACAUAAAUACAAGGAAACGUGUGUGUUUUUCAUACACAAACUAACAAAACAAUUAUCGUUAUUUUAAUAUUAGUAAUAUUUUUUCCCCAUGUUAAUACCUUGUUUGGUUAUAUUCAUUAUUAUUACACACUAAAAACGAAGAGCUACGAAGAGCUAAUUUAGCUCUUAAAGAGCGUGUAUAGUGACUGCACUUCGGAGUGCUGAUUUUUCUCGUUCAAAUUCGAACUAGACAAAUCAGAUGUCCGAAGUGCAGUCACUAUACACGCUAUUUAAGAGCUAAAUUAGCUCUUCGUUUUGUUAGAGUGUAUUAUUAUCACUGUUAUUAUUAUUAUUAUCAUUAUCAUUAUCAUCAUCAUCAUUAGUAUUGUUACCAUGAUCGCCAUCAUUUAUUAUACUUGAAUUUGUCCAAUAUAUCAAGGCAAUGUUUCUUACUAUGCACGCAGCAUGGUGGAACCGGUCAAUAGUUUUAUCUAAUUCACCGGUGCAAAAUGACAUCAACAUUAGAUAUGAAACUGGUAGGAUCAUUCAUAGAGAGCGUUCUUUUAGGAGACCACGAAUGACUGGAUAUGUCCUGAAUAAACUGCCUUUCGAACAAAGUGAUGAAAAGGAAGGUUCCUGAAAAGUAUGGUCUAUAGGAAAUAUGAAAUUCUGGUAAUGCCAUAUUUAGCUUAUGACAAUUGUGUCUCAGUGACGUAAGUUGUGAUGAAGGUAAAAACAAAAUUGUUGUUUAGCCAACUCUGGAAAUUGCCAAUACAAGCAAAUUUAUUUCAUUUCCAAUUAGACAAUCGUGAUGCAAAAUUUUUGACCCGUAGUGAUGUAAUAAUUUUGUGAUCAGGGCGCAAAUAUCAUUUCCAUCUUUAAUCUGAUACAAAAUCAAAUGUCUUCAAAUAUUGACCUCAUUUAUUGAUUUUGAAAAAUGCAACACGAAUGCAAUAUACUAAUUUUAAGAAGUACUUGAAAAAUUAUUGUCUCGUUCGGGAAGUGACAAUGAGGGGGUGUCUUAAAUGUGUAAAGGGAGGCGGGGCAAUCGUGUGCGCACGCUAGAGAGGGAGAGAGAGAGAGAGAGGGAGGGAGAGAGAGAGAACCAAACUGGCAUUAACGUUUUGAAUAUUUUGAUUUCCCAAUACAAUUAACACAAGAUCCUCCUUGCCAUUUUAAUUCGUUUUAGGUUUCACAAAAACAUGAUUUGAUGUUUCUUUGAAUUAAAACUUACAAUAAAACAAAAGUAUGAAUACGUUA